AUGACGAACCCGAACGAUUUUGUGUUUGAUUUCCAAGCUAAGUCUAGCACAGAUUUAAAGAGGAAGAUGAAAAUUAAGGUUGAAAAUGAAAAAGCUUUAAAAGACAACCCAACAAAUCAAGGAAGCAAUCCUAUAAACACCAAUGUUGGAAACAUUCAAAAGCUGAACCAUCGAAAGAAAUUGAAAGUAGAAGUUUCUAAGAAAAUGGUUGAGCCAAGCAAAGUGUUUGUACCGAAUAGUAACAUUAGAAGCCAAUCGGAAGUAGAAAUUUCUAAUAAAGUUGCCCAACCGAGCAAAGUGCAUGUUCUCAAUAGUAAUAAGAGGCAAAUGGAAGUAGAGGCCACAAAGGAAAUUACUGAGCCAAGAAAAAUGCUUGCUCUGAAUAAUAAUACUAAAAAGAAAUUGAAGUCAAUGGUGGAUCAUCAAGUUAAAGGUUCAAUAGAAGCACAAGUCUCAAAGAACACCAGUGAUCAAACCAAAAAGAUAAUUUAUAGUACUUUCUAA